AUGGCGCCUCAGGCGCAUAGGCGAACUUAUGCAUCUACGCUAGGCCUAAUUACGUUAGACGACAUCGUGGCGCUGGCUGAGAUGCGAGAUGGGAUUGUCAACAGCCUCAGCUUCAAUACGGCCUCCUGUUCCACAUUCGAACAUCGCGCCCAAGACCUCACUGCAUCGCAUAUAUCUUCGACCCGCGCAACCCCCUCCUUAUGGUCGUCGCGAAAUCAAGGGUAUGAGACGACCGACUCCCGUCGUUCGCCACGAGAUCGAUCGCCAGGACGCUAUAACGACUCACGCGAUGCCGAUCAGUAUCGAGGAGGAGCUUUCCGCGGUGGAAGUGAAAGACGGAGGUCCAUACCUGAUGUGAGGACGAACCACAAUGCAUUUGGGUCGAAUCGAGAACUUUUCAGAGAGCCGACUGGACGUGAUUCAUCUCGAGAAUUCCCUUCACGCGAACCCCCAAGAGGCCCUAAGGGUUUGAUUGAUGCUCCAACGGGCCCUCGUGCCUCUAAUUACGGAUCAGAUUUUCGAGGCGAUUCAGGCUUUCGGGGUGAUUUUCGAGGUCGCGGCCGCGGCCGAGGGCGAGGUUGGCGGGAUGAUAGUCGAGACCGAGGCCGUGAUACCGACCGCGAUUACAGAGAUAGAGAUAGAAGAGAGGAGAGAGGCCCGGCUCCUUUCCGUGAUGACCGUAGCCGUGACCGGGAUCGAGACAGAUGGGAUCGAGACAACUUCCGAGGCCGCAGACCCUCGUCUCCCCAAGGCAGAGGUCGCUCGCCAACUUACGCUGCUCGAGAGACUCGCGACAGCCGAGACGGACCAAUCUUAGACUUAGAUCGCACCCAUCGUGGUUCGCGAGAUGGCCCCUCAUCUGUAGGCUCGCCCACUACCGAAUCGCUCACGCCUUUUGUAAGAGGCUAUGGUAGAGCAAGGGGCAGUCGCGGACGCGGAAGAGGCGCUUAUUAUGAAGAUUACCACCGCCCACCACCAGUUCGAAGUCGAUCGCCCGAAGGAAACUGGAACCGUCGAACUCAACCGUCGGCCACACCUCCUCCUCAGGUGCCUGCUUUUGGCUCAGCCUCAGCUAAUGCAUCGACUUCUACUGCCUCUUUACCUCCCUCCGUUCCCACGGCCCCUCGUUCGCAUACCUCUAAGCCCCGACAGAUUAUCGGCCGAGGAACUAAUAAGGCAGUUUCUUUGACAUGGGUGAGGCCGACAGACCACUCUCAUCCUCGUGGGGACUUGGUCCGAGAUGACGAGUCUAAUCAGCCACAUAAUACAGCACGGGAGAACUUGUCUAGUCACGACGGUGGCUCGCUUCAAGAAAGUAUCUCGCCCAAGGAAGACAUCUCGCAUACAUUGAAAUCCCCUUCCCGGGCGGGCGUCACUGAGUUGCAGACUGAUGCCCAUUCAACUGAACAUGCGCGUCAUCCAAAGAAGCGACGUCCUCGACUGGUUAGGCACUAUCCGAAGGUCACAUCGCCGCUGUCAGAAGACUCUGAUGUCAGUUCAGAUUCUGCAGAUGAUUUUGACGACAAUUACUUUGACGACGAGAUUGCCAAGGUCAAGGAACAGAUUGCUGAAGUUAAAAACAACAAUCCACUACUCUUACCCCCUGAACCCAUCUUAGCUAGAGACCUCAGACCCUUCGCGGAGCCAAUCAUCAGCAGUAUCCCGACUGAAGUUUGCGAGGUACCUAUUGUACAGAAAGAACACCUUGCGGAACCCUCGACUGAGGCAACUGCUGCUACCCAAGCUCUAGAUCCUGCUACCAAGGUCCAACGCCGACCACGAACACCAACCCCCGUUGCAGAGCCGCCUGUGUCGUCGAAAAUUAAUGGAGACAUCACCGCCCCUGUUCCAGAUGCUGCACUACCCAUACCAGAUCAAUCCGAUGACCGUCGAAGCAAUCCUCCACAGGAUGUAUCAAGCACAUUUCCUAUGCCAACAGACCAUGACACGAACAUGCCUGAUCAACCUGUGCAGCCACCACAUGAUAGGGAUGCCGAUAUUCAUAGGCAUGCCAAAGAACUAGCGAGCAACCAGAGCAACGAUAUCCAUAUCGGUUCUAUCAACCCACCAACUGGCCAGGGCAUAGAUUUUCAGGAUAAAUCUAGUAGGUCACCAACUAUCCAGCAAACUAGCACUCAUAACGAGACGAAGGCGGCACCAGACGAUGCAGGCGCCACCAAUGGAGAUAUUACUCUGAAGGCACAGCCGGAACAAGCUUCCGAGCCGGUCAACGCAGCCCCAGAACCUAUGAUGAUCCCUGUUGAGCCAGUGGCCAAUGGGAAAAUCGGUAAAUCUGUUUCUAUGAUGGAACAAUUCACAGAAAGCUAUGAUAAGCUGAAUGAACAGGAAAGAGAGGACCAGCUUGAGGCAGUUCGGAAGAUGAUGAAAACUCCACCAAUAUCCGAGUUGCCCAAAUCCACCUGCGGAUCUUUCUGGAACGACCCGACAUUCAAGGCCUCUCUUGAGGUAAGAAGUUUGAAGUCGGAGACCGCUGUUCGGAAACACAUACAAAAAACAAAGGCGCGCAGGCAGUUGGAGCAGAAACAAGAGGGCAUUGCGUGGGCAGAUCGCUAUUACCAGUAUAGAAAAUUCACAGACUUUUCCAUGGACCCGGCUGCAGUUCGCAGCAGAGAAAAAUUUGCCGCUUCUCGAGCAAGAGCAGCUGCCGAGGCCGCAACUCCAGCUCUAUCUUCGGUGGCUUCUGCCAGUGCCAAGCCAGAGGGGCGGCGAACCGCUAGCCGAUGGGCUACCGAUCAUGACAUUGAGCGGGUUCUGCGUGAGUCUGAACAAGAAGCCAGACAAAAGAAAGAGCAGGAUGAGCGACUUGCACGAGCCAAGACCGCGAGUGCGAAGGAAGCCACAAUUCCAGCCAUGAUGGAUGACCAAUGGUGGUCUGAAAAUGCCUUCGCCGAUAAGUCCCAUUUGGUGCCGUUCGAAAGAUCCUUUGCAAUACUUGAACAUGGGGAACCAAUUGAUAACUUUACUGAGGAAGAAGGUGAAACAUUUGAAAAAGCAUACUUGGAGAAUCCUAAGAAUUGGAGUAAGAUUGCAGAAGCCUUGCCUAAGCGCAAUUUCAAGGCCUGCAUCCAACAUUAUUACUUGGUGAAGCAUCCUGCGAGAUUGAAGGAGAGGGUGAAGGAGCGUAACAAGAAGAAGCGAGGGAGGGGUCCAGGUAAAGCUCGACCCAAGGUCCUGACUGCUAGUCUUGGCAACGGCGACGACGAGGAAGCUCAGGAGAACGAAACUGGCGAAAGCAAACGUCGCCCGCGGAGGGCAGCUGCGCCAGUUUUCCCUAUUGAUGCGACACCCAGUGAAAGCGAAGUUGCUAGCCCAGCCCCAACACCUGGCCGCAAGGCAGCUGCCACGCCAAAGGCCGACGCUGGCAACGAUGCCGGGCCAGCAAAGAAAAAGGUCAAAGUUGCACGUGAAAAGGGGAAGCAGGCCAAGAACAAUCCACUUCUUGCUGCCGCCCCAAUCGCUGCCGCGGCGCGUCGAGACGAGUCUCCAGCAACUCCAGCGCCGAUAGAGACGACGAAGAACCAACGAACCCCUAUUCCCCCUAGCCGAUUUCCUCCUCAGUUUGACGGUCCUGGUCCGAGCCAGCCACAUCAGGCUACCUUCGCACCCCCAUUUGCUCCUCUUGAUAGGCCAAAUCUAGCCAUGACGGGAACUUUUGAUAUCAUUCCUCAACCUCCGCAACACUCACAGCCCCAGUCAAGACCUCAAUCUCAACCCCAGCCUCAAUCUUAUCCUAGCCAGGAACGAGUCGAAUCCAACACACCCCUAAACUUCGAGACACAGCAGAACCACCGAAAUAUCCAACAGACCUCGAGCUAUUGGAGCGUUCCCGAGCAAAACGAUUUCCCUGCGUUGCUGAGGCAUUUUGGUACCGAUUGGCAUGGGAUAGCAAAGUGGAUGACUUCGAAAACCCACAUUAUGGUAUACACACAUCUCUUUCAACGAUGGCUUGUGAUGCCAUCUGAUAAAAACAGGAGCCGAUGUGCCGCUAACAUCCAAACACAGGUCAAGAAUUACUAUCAACGCCAAGUAGACUCGGGCAGGAUGAGAGAGUGGGAAGAAAUAGCUAGGGACGCCGAUGAAAUGCGCGAACGAGGAGAGCCUACAGCACCGCUACCUGUACCUACGGUUAUCCCAAAGCGACGCUAUGAUGCUCCGUCAAGUUCACUACCGUCGCGGUCAGGUUCUGCUAUUGACGGAAUUGAAGACAUCUCCUCUCCAGGCCAGGGCGCAGUCUUGGCACGAUCAUCCCAUGGUUCGCCACAAUCGCAACCAACUAUGGGUACGCGCUUUCCUCCCUUGACUAACGCUGGGGCUGGGACUGUACCAGUGUCUCACAUCCAGCCAGCAGUUGCGGCUUCGAUUAUCAAUAAGCAGGUUCCUCCACAGUCGUCCUCCCAAGGGCAACAAUCCCAGCAACAAAGCAGGGCUCGAGGUCCCCCCCUGGGGUAUUUCAAUAUCGAAUCUUCCCCACGACCGAUUUUACAAGCCACACAAAGCGAUUCUGUGAUAUCUCAGCGCUCUCUUCAAGUCGCUCAUGAGGCACAGCUUGAGAGACAGUCCGCCUUACGAUUGGAAAAGGAGCAGCGGGAGCAGCGGGAACAGCAGCAGCAACGGGAGCAGCGAGACCAGCAGCAGCAACGAGAACAGCGGGAGCGGGAGAAACGGGAGCUGCUGCAACGAGAAUUGCAGCAGCGGGAACUGCAUCAGCGAGAGCUGCAGCAGAGGGAGCAGCAACAACGGGAACAGCAACAGCGGGAACAGCAACAACGAGAGCAGCACCAGCAAGCCGCCGCCAUGCAACAACAAGCUGCUCUGCAACGUGAACGUCACUUUAAGAUGAAGCAAGAGCCUGAAGGGUCUAACCUGCACCAAUAUGAGCCCUACUCCACCGCCCCUGUGCAUCCUACUGUUGUGUCGCAUUCCAGGCCGGAAGUAUCUCAGCCUUCGUCUCCUCUUGAAGGUAGACGUCAACCGCCGCUGCAACAGUUUCAUCCUCGAACGCAUCAGGCUCCUCGAACGCUUUUGAGUGAGAAACCCACUGUACAGCGGGAUAUUCGCGAGAUGAAACCUAGUCCUUCGCCAGCCGCUCCAAGACCUCCCCUGAGUGCCCCACCCAUUGCUAAGGAGCAAUACUCAGCUCCUCCUCAGCCCAAACUCCCAGUCCAGCCUCAGGUGCCGCCUCCGUCUCAACCACCUCAGCCACCUCAAGUUGCUUCAGUCCGUCAACAAGAGGCCGUCAGAAAGACUUCAAACAUAAGCAUGCUGCUGAACGACGAGCCUAACGACCCUCGACCAGAACCACCUCAGCGUGUUAGCAGCGUUGCUUCCAACCCUCAACAGUCGUCUCGGACCCCGCCGCCACAACACCCUCUGCAAGCAAACCGCUUCGCUGCUCACCCUUCUCAGCCUACCUCUCAGCCUGCUCAACAAAUGCCACAGCAGAUUUCAGCGCAACAAACGCCCCAGCAACACUUAUCCCAAACUCAGAACCCUUAUGCUCAAUCCUCCCCUCACCCAGUACACCAACAUACCGCGUCCCUCGGUCAUGCUCGAAGUUAUACCCCCACGGGGUUUGAGCAUCGUAAUUAUGGGGCAACCUCGGCCGCGCAGCAACCGCCACAGCAACCGCAGCAAAUGUACUCUCAACCUCCUCCCCGUCAAUCUGCACACUCUCAACCUAAUAUUCGCCGUGAGCCAUCCAUCAGCGAUGUACACGGACUUGCUACCGGAUACGCACGCGGUGGGACUUCUCAGUCGACUAUGAGGUUAAAGGAGUCACCAUAUUCAUCAACCACCCCACCAGCUUCUGCUCAACCAGUUCGUCAGCAAGUUGCGUCUCCACUUGACCAUGCUCCACCUGUGGAACGGGAUUUCUAUACUCGACAACCGCAAGCACAGUAUCUCAUGCAGCAGCAGCCUGUGGCUUCAUCUCCCCAACUUGGUCCCUCCUAUCACUCUCAGCCACAACAGCAGCAGGCAAGUCACCGCCAGCUAGCUUUCGGCCAAAGCCCUUCACACAUGGCAUCGCCUCCAUCUCAUUUCGCUACCCAGCAUCAAGUACAUCGGUCCCGACACAACAGCCUUGAUGGGCGGUUUCCAGGUCCAGGCUCAUCCGGACCAACUCCAUCCCAUCCAGCUUAUAGCCAACCAGCGCAUCAAACCUCACACCCAUCCAUGCAAUAUCAGCCGCCUCACCCCAGCCAAGAGCGAUCUGAGAGGGACUAUGCUCGGGAAAUGCGAGAGAGAAUCCUACAAGAUGAAGCUGCAACAAUGGCAGCAUACCACCGACGUGAAUCUCGACGUUGA